CGCUUCCAUGGCGGGCGUCGAGUCGUCCGCCGCUCCGCCCCAGGCGCCGCCGCCGCCUCCGCGGGAGGCCGGCCCGACGCCAGCUCAGCGCCUCGCCGACUGCGUCCUCGUGUUCGUCGUCUUCGGCUUCCUCGGCUUCGCGUGGAUGAGCAGCGCCGCCCACUCCGCCUUCAUCGCCGCUGAGUGGGGCUACGGCGCGGGCUCCAUCGAAGCGGCCUCCGCCAAGGAGACCGCCCUCGCCGCCUCGCUGCUCCUCGGGGUUUUCCUCCACGCCGUGGCGCUCAUCAUCCUCGGCAUGUGCUGGCGCUACGAGAGCCGCUGGUCGGAGACUCGAGAGGUUGGUGGGGGUGGAGGCACGGCGGCGCAGCCGGGGCGCGUCCACGAGUAUCCAGUUCCUGACACCGUUAUCGUGUCCCUCGUUGUGGUGUUCGUGAUCAUAGCCUUGGGCGUGCUGACGCAGGUGGCUCCGUGGGCAAAGGGAGCCGAGAAGGCUGGCUACCUGCUUCUGGAAACCGUGUUCUUCCUCGUGUUUGUUGUCUAUUGCUUUGUGAUUUUUCCACUUCUUAUCAUCCGAAUGUUGGUGGCUAGCUGUGCUGAGAGGCGUGAAACCACCGGAUCCCAUUGACAAGGCAGGUUCAAGUUUCUGGGAUUCGCAGCUCUGUUGGGACAGGAUUUGGCUUGGGCACUGAGGGUGAGAUGAUAGCACAAGUAUAACUGCUAGUUUCAGGAGUAACAAUACACAACGUUGCUGCUAAUAUUUCUUGAACAAUUCAUGGUAUAGUCUGUAAGCUCAUAUGGAUAGUCCCUUAAAAACUAAUCUCUGUAAAGGGUCCAGCAAGUUUCA